UCCUCCUCCAUCCCUCCAGUCUCAUUCGUUGCUUGCGCACCGUGCCGUGCGGACCUACCGACCAUCUCUCCACUCCUUCACCGACUCUGCUCCUCUCUCUUCCUCCCUCUUUUUCUCUCUGGUCCGGUCCUCCACUCUCUGAUAUGACAGCUCACACCAGCGGCGCGUUGCCCGAUCUCAGACCGUCAACCCGCCACCGGUUGUCCUGUCCAAACAUCACCAUGGACAAGUGUGUGGGACAUUCUCGUGAUUGAUCUCUUUUCCGUUUUUUGGGGCAUAAAAAAACGACAGAAAAGGGAGGACGGGGGGCUGCCGUCUUCAUUGAACCCCCCUCCGCUUCCUUCAACCAAGCAGAGCGGCAAGGUGGGGAGAAGGCUUCAAGAGAAGCCAGCUUGGAUUAAUCUGAGAGCAUUAUGACGGAUUUGGGAGCACCGGAGAUGCUGCUGCAGAUGAUCAGGGGGAUGAGGGCGAAGAAAACGGGAGGACAGAGAUGCGACCUCCCGCUUCUCCUCCUGCUGGGGCUCCUCAUCGGGGAUUUCUCCCCGUCCAUGGCUGAUUCCUGUGGGGGUGUAGUCCAAGGCCUCAACGGUACCAUAGAAUCUCCUGGUUUUCCCCAUGGCUAUCCCAACUAUGCCAACUGCACAUGGCUGAUAAUAACAGGGGAGAGGAAUCGAAUCCAGCUAACCUUCAUUACCUUGGCAUUGGAGGAAGAUUUCGAUAUAGUAUCAGUUUAUGAUGGGCAGCCGUCGCCUGGCAACUUAAAAAUGAGGUUGUCAGGAUUCAUGCUGCCCUCCCCUAUAGUCAGUAGUGGAUCCAUAUUGGCCUUGUGGUUUACCACAGAUUUUGCUGUGAGUGCACAAGGCUUCAAGGCUGUGUACGAAGUCCUGCCUAGUCAUACAUGUGGUACCCCCGGAGUCAUUCCAAGUGGAAUCAUUCAUGGCUCACGGUACAACAUUGGUGACAAGAUCCGAUACAGCUGUGAGUCCGGUUUUGUGCUGGAGGGACACAGUAUCCUCACGUGUAUCGUGUCGUCUGGCAGUGGAGCACAGUGGGACUUCCCAUCACCGUUUUGUCGAGCGGAGGGAGCAUGUGGCGGUACGUUACGAGGCACAGCAGGUUCAAUAUCCAGCCCUGGAUACCCCACAGAGUACGACAACAACCUGGACUGCACAUGGUCAAUCCUGGCUGAACCUGGGGACACCAUCGCUCUUGUUUUCAAUGAUUUCUUGUUAGAGGACAAAUAUGACUUCCUAGAAAUCAGCGGGACAGAAGCGCCAAGCAUAUGGCUGACAGGUACAACCUUGCCCUCACCAGUGAUUUCAAAUAAGAACUGGCUCCGGAUACACUUCACCUCAGACAGCAAUCACAGAAGAAAAGGAUUCAGCGCUCAGUAUCAAGUGAAAAAAGCAAUAGAGUUGAAGUCCAGAGGGGUAAAGAUGAUGCCCAGUAAAGACUCCAGUCACAAGAACGCAGUCUUAAGUCAAAGCGGUCUUGCUGGCGAUGUUUGUCCAGAUCCUGGGAUUCCAGAAAAUGGCAAGAGGAUGAGCUCAUCUUUCCAAGUGGGCUCCAGCGUCCAGUUCAGUUGUGAUGACAACUAUGUGCUGUAUGGAUCUAAAAGCGUCACCUGUCAACGUGUCACUGACACCCUAGCUGCCUGGAGUGACCACAGACCCAUCUGCAGAACUCGGACCUGUGGCAGUAACCUAAGGGGGCCCAAAGGAGUCAUAACUUCGCCAAACUUCCCUGUUCUGUAUGAAAGCAAUGCACACUGUGUCUGGAUCAUCACUGCAAUGGACCCUGAGAAGGUUAUAAAGCUGUCAUUUGAUUUUUUUGAUCUGGAGAGAGCAUACGACACACUGACUGUAGGAGAUGGUGGGAAGAUAGAAGAUACUCGAAGGGUUCUUGACAUACUCACAGGCUCCAGUGUACCUGAUCUCAUAGUCAGUUUGUCCAAUCAAAUGUGGCUCCACUUUCAAUCUGACGACUCAGUGGCUUCUAUCGGCUUCAAGGCAACAUAUGAAGAGAUCGAACAGGGAGGCUGUGGUGACCCUGGUGUGCCUGCAUUUGGUCACCGUAGUGGCGAUCAUUUUCAACAUGGUGACGUGUUAACAUUCUUCUGCCAGGCAGCCUUUGAACUUGUUGGUGAAAAAACCAUCACAUGCCAGCGCAAUAACCAGUGGUCUGGCAAAAAACCCAGCUGUGUCUUUUCCUGUUUCUUCAACUUCACUGCUCCAUCAGGGACUAUAUUAUCUCCUAACUACCCAGAGGAGUAUGGCAAUAACCUGAAUUGUGUGUGGUUGAUCAUUUCUGAACCCGGGAGCCGCAUACAUCUCCUCUUCUCCGACUUUGAUCUGGAGCCACCAUUUGAUUGGUUGGUGGUCAAAGAUGAAGGUUUGUCAGAAGCAACCACAUUUGGGACAUUCUCUGGAAAAAAUGUUCCUGCGCAGAUCGCCUCCAACGGACACAUCAUGAAACUGGAGUUUCAGUCUGAUCAUUCCAACACUGGGAAAGGAUUUAAUAUCAGCUAUACCACAUUUGGUCAAAAUGAAUGUCAUGAUCCAGGGGUUCCCAUCAAUGGCCAAAGAUAUGGCGACCUGUUUCAGCUUGGUAGCUCAGUGGUUUUUCGCUGUGAUCAAGGAUUCAUUAGGACACAGGGGUCCGAUCAAGUAACCUGCAUCAUUCAAGAUGGGAAUGUUGUUUGGUCUGCUGCUGUACCUCGUUGUGACGCUCCCUGUGGAGGCCAUCUCACAGCCCCCAGUGGUGUUGUGCUGUCUCCAGGUUGGCCCUCUUUUUAUAAAGACUCUCUGAGAUGCCAGUGGGUGAUUGAAGCACAAACAGACCAAGUUGUGAAGAUACACUUUGACAAGUUCCAGACAGAAGUCAGCUAUGACACACUAGAGAUCAGAGAUGGGUCUUCAGCCUCGUCUCCCCUGAUCGGGGAAUACCGUGGCACCCAAGCACCCCGUUUCCUGAUCUCCACAUCCAACUUCCUGUUCCUGCUGUUCACUACAGACAACAGCCGCUCAGCAGCAGGCUUCAGCAUCAGAUAUGAAAGUGUGAAUAUGGAAUCGGACUCUUGUCUCGAUCCUGGAAUCCCAGUCAAUGGUCGUCGCCAUGGCAACAACUUUGCUAUUGGCUCCAGUGUCUCAUUUGCAUGUGACCCUGGAUACACACUAAGCGAUGAAGAGCCAAUUGUCUGUGAGCAGAAUCAUCAGUGGAGUCACGCUCUUCCUAGUUGUCAUGCACUUUGUGGAGGCUAUGUUUUUGGUAAAACUGGGACAAUUCUCUCUCCUGGCUUCCCUGACUUCUAUCCUAACUCUUUAAAUUGCACCUGGACAAUUGAGGUUUCCCAUGGGAAAGGAGUCCAUCUGGUGUUCCAUAAAUUUCAUCUGGAGGAGAACCAUGACUACCUGUCUAUAACGGAGGAUGGCAAUUUUUUGGUUCCAGUUGGUCGACUUACUGGAUCCGUGCUGCCUCCAAGUGUUAAGGCUGGACUUUUUGGGAACUACAGCGUUCAGCUGCGAUUUAUAUCAGAUUUUUCGAUGAGCUAUGAAGGCUUUAAUAUUACUUUCUCAGAGUAUCAUUUGGAGCCGUGUGAGGAUCCAGGUGUGCCGGCAUUCAGCAGGAGGAUAGGAUUUAGCUUUGGAGUUGGAGAUUCGCUGGCCUUCUCUUGUUUCCACGGAUACAGACUUGAGGGAGACAGCAAAAUCACUUGUCUUGGAGGUGGCAGGCGAGUCUGGAGCAACACACUGCCGAGAUGUAUAGCUGAGUGUGGAACCUCUGCACAAGGAUCAGAAGGCAUUCUCCUCUCUCCAAAUUUCCCCUCCAACUACGAUAAUAACCAUGAGUGCAUCUACAGCAUCACAACCGAAAAGGGCAAAGGAAUCCGCCUGAAAGCUGACAAUUUCUUACUGCAAGAUGGAGACUAUCUGAAGGUAUAUGAUGGAGAAAAUGCCUCAUCUCGUCUGCUUGGGAACUUCACACAUGAUGGCAUGUUUGGUCACGUCAUCAACAGUACAUCCAAUAACCUAUGGCUGGAGUUUAACAGCAAUGCUUCUGGAACCAAUCAGGGCUUUCGCCUCACCUACACAAGUUUUGACCUAGUCAAGUGUGAGGAGCCUGGGGUCCCAGAUUACGGCUACAAGAUCCAGGAUGAUGGUCAUUUUGCCAACACUUUUGUGUUGUAUGCAUGCUACCCUGGAUACAGUCUCCAUGGCAGCAGUACACUGACCUGUCUUAGUGGGGACAGACGUGUCUGGGACAAGCCACUUCCUUCCUGUUCCGCCGAGUGUGGAGGUCACAUCAGUGGAGCGACGUCUGGACGGAUUCUGUCCCCAGGAUACCCUGCUCCAUAUGACAACAACCUGCACUGUACCUGGACUAUAGAAGCUGACAUCGGGAAGACUAUCAGCCUCCACUUUAUUGUCUUUGACACCGAGACCACUCACGAUAUUCUGAAAGUUUGGGAUGGUCCAUCUGGGCUCUCAGAUGGAGGAAUUUUGUUGAAAGAAUGGCAUGGUCCAUUUCUGCCAGAAGAUAUCCACUCAACUUUCAACAUCCUCACCCUGCAAUUUGAAACCGAUUACUUCAUCAGCAAGCAAGGAUUUUCAAUUCAAUUUUCAACUACUACAGCAACAACCUGUAAUGACCCUGGCACCCCUGUAAAUGGUUCUCGGUACGGGGACAGUAAGGAGCCUGGUGACAGCAUGACCUUCCAGUGUGAUCCCGGAUAUCAGCUACAAGGACAAGGAACCAUUAGAUGUGUACGAAUGGAUAACAGAUUCUACUGGCAACCUGACCCUCCAACAUGCAUGGCAACCUGUGGAGGUAACGUCAGUGGUCCUUCUGGUGUGAUUCUGUCUCCUAACUACCCUAAGCCUUACCCUCCAGGGAAAGAGUGUGACUGGAGAAUCAGAGUCAACACUGACUUUGUCAUCGCCCUGAUUUUCAAAAGUUUCAACAUGGAACCAAGUUAUGACUUCCUGCACAUCUAUGAUGGUGAGGACUCCAACGGACCUCUUUUAGCAAGUCUCCAAGGCAACCAGGUCCCCGAGCGCAUUGAAAGCAGUGGUAACAUGCUCUUUCUAGCGUUCAGAUCCGAUACCUCAGUGGGAAUGUCUGGAUUUGCUAUUGAAUAUAGAGAAAAGCCAAGAGAAGCCUGUUUUGACCCAGGAAAUAUUAUGAAUGGUAGUCGAACAGGUUACGACUACAAACUAGGGUCUCAGGUCUCCUACACUUGUCACCGCGGUUACACACUUGUGGGUGAUGAUACAACCACUUGUGUCAUGGGGCAUGAUGGAAAGCCUGUUUGGGACAGGUCUCUGCCAUCAUGUAAAGCUCCCUGUGGAGGGCAUUACGGUGGAUCUGAAGGAGUUGUUUUAUCACCAAACUUUCCUUUCAACUAUACCACCAAACAGAUUUGCUCUUAUUACAUCACUGUAUCAGCACAGUUUGUGGUUUUCGGUCAGUUUGCUGUUUUCCAAACAGCAAUGAAUGACUCAGUGGAACUGUUUGAUGGAGCCAACGACAAUGCUCGAUUGCUCAGCUCCCUUGCUGGGUCACAUUCAGGAGAGACAUUGCCACUGGCAACUUCCAAUCAAAUCAUGGUGCGGUUCAAUGCCAAGAGUGGCCAGUCAGCUAGAGGCUUUCAUUUUGUGUACCAAGCUGUGCCUCGGACCAGUGACAGCCAGUGCAGUUCUGUGCCAGAGCCAAGGUAUGGCAGACGGAUUGGCGCGGAGUUCUCAGCAGGCUCCAUUGUCCGUUUUGAGUGUAGUCCAGGAUAUCUGUUAAAGGGGUCCAGUGCCAUUCGAUGCCAGGCAGUACCUGGUGCCCUCGCACAAUGGAAUGCAACAGCACCAACAUGCAUAGUUCCUUGCAGUGGAAAUCUGACUGAACGCCGUGGUACCAUACUGUCUCCUGGUUAUCCUGAACCAUACCCAAACAGCCUUAAUUGUUUGUGGAGGAUCCAUGUCAGUGAGGGUGCUGGAAUACAGAUCCAAGUAAUGACGUUUGCUACGGAGCACAACUGGGACUCCCUUGAGAUCUAUGAUGGAGGGGACAUGACAGCUCCAAAAUUAGGGUCAUUCUCUGGAACAACAGCUCCAGCACUUCUUAACUCAACAUCCAAUCAGCUCCUCCUGCACUUCCAGAGCGACAUCAGUGUGGUGGCAGCAGGCUUUCACCUUGAGUACAAGACUGUUGGCCUCACCACCUGUCCAGAGCCAAUGAUUCCUGCCAAUGGGAUUAAAAUAGGAGACCGAUACAUGGUCAAUGAGGUGGUGGCUUUCAGCUGUGAGCCUGGAUAUACUCUACAGGGGCACUCUCACAUCUCCUGCAUGCCUGGGACCGUCCGUCGUUGGAACUACCCACCACCUCUUUGCAUAGCUCGAUGUGGAGGAGUCCAAUCUGAAAUGAGUGGUGUUAUCCUUAGUCCGGGUUUCCCUGGCAACUACCCCGGCAAUCUGGACUGCACCUGGCAAAUUAGCCUGCCCACUGGAUAUGGUGCCCACAUUCAGUUCCUUAACUUUUCUUCAGAGGAUAACCAUGACUUUCUUGAAGUCAGGGCCGGACCACAGCACAGUUCUGCUCUUAUUGGUCAGUUUACUGGCUCACAACUUCCACCUUCUUUGAUGAGCACCACCCACCUGACAACCAUCCACUUCUAUAGUGACCACUCUGAAAACAGGCCAGGCUUCAAACUGUCUUAUCAAGCAUAUGAACUUCAAAACUGCCAGGAUCCGUCUCCCUUUCUCAACGGGGAAAUAAUCAACAGUGACUACAGUGCUGGCCAAUCAAUAACUUUCCAGUGUUACCCGGGUUAUGUUUUGAUCGGGCACACUGUGCUAACAUGCCUGCAUGGAAAAAAACGUAAAUGGAACCAUCCAUUUCCCCGGUGUGAAGCUCCUUGCGGCUAUAAUGUGACAGCAGAAAAUGGGACCAUCUACUCACCUCAGUACCCCAAUGAAUACCCCAACUCCCAAGACUGCAGCUGGCUCAUCAGCGUUUCCCACGGACAUGGGAUUUACAUCAACUUUACUUUGUUACAGACAGAGCCUGUCACAGAUUACAUCGCAGUCUGGGAUGGUCCUGAUACUUUAAGUACUCAGCUGGGAGUUUUCAGUGGCAACACAGCAUUGGAGUCCGCCUACAGCACUGGUCCUCAGGUCCUGAUCCGCUUUCACUCAGACUUCUCAACUGGAGGGUUCUUCAUUCUGAACUUCCACGCAUACCGUUUGAAGAAAUGCGCUCCACCACCUGUUGUGGACAACACUGAAGUUAUCUUUGAAAAUGAAGACUUCCACAUUGGUGAAAUUGUGAAGUAUCGCUGUUUACCUGGAUACACACUAUUUGGAAAAGCAGAGCUUAUGUGCAAACUUAAUUCCUAUUUGCUCUUUGAAGCCCCACCCCCAAAGUGUCAAGCCCAAUGCCCAGCAAAUGAGGAGCGAUUUUCUUCAUCAGGAGUCAUACUCAGCCCUGGCUUCCCAGGAAACUAUCCCAACAGUCAGACAUGCUCAUGGUUGCUGCGCAUGAUUCCAGGUUACACCAUCAAUAUUUAUGUGGAGAUGUUCCACAGUGAGAAGCAAUUUGACGAACUGGAGAUUUUUGAUGGAUCCUCUGGUCAAAACCCUCUGCUGGUUGCUCUAAGUGGCAACCACUCGUCCCAGCUGAACUUCACCUCUAAAACAAACCAGCUCUACCUGCGCUGGUCUACUGACCACGCCACCAACAAGAAAGGAUUCAAGAUUCGCUACUCAGCUGCCUACUGUAGCAUCAAUGAUUCCCCAUUGAAUGGGGGUGUGGUCAACCGCACUAAACUUAGUCCUGGUAGCAGAAUACAAUACUUUUGCAACCGUGGUUACUACCUGGUAGGCUCAAGCAAUGCCACCUGCAGGCUUAAUUCUAAUGGACUUUACAAGUGGGAUUCACCACCACCUUUCUGUCAAGCUAUCUCAUGUGGGAUACCUCUGUCACCGGGAAAUGGCAGUUUCCAUGCCACUCAAUUUACCGUUGGUAGCCAAGUCACCUACUACUGUAGCCAGGGUUACCACCUUGAUCCCGCUGUACCAAUGACAGCUGUGUGCUUGGAGGAUGGGAGCUGGAGUAACUCGCUUUCCCCCCCCAGAUGCCUGCCGGUGCACUGUCCCAGCAUCGAAACCAUUUUGUCUGAUCACAUGACCUUCCGCCUGCUUCGUGGCAUACUCGGGGAGUUUGGCUCUAUGGUGAUGCUGGAAUGCUCCUCAGGUUAUUAUUUGGGUGCCGGGUAUCGGACUUUACACUGUCUCGCCAAUGGGACUUGGGAGGGGUCAGAUGAUCCUGCUACUUGUAAGAUCAUUUCCUGCGGGGAACUUCCCUCCCCACCCUUUGGAACUAAACUAGGGACACUGACCACGUUUGGAGCAACUACAAUCUUUAUGUGUAACCAUGGUUACACGCUGGUGGGAUCACAUGUCAGAGAAUGUGGAGCUGAUGGGCUGUGGAGUGGUGCAGAAACCAGAUGUCUAGCUGGGCAUUGUGAUUCACCAGAUCCUAUAGUCAAUGGCCACAUAAGUGGCGACGGCUCCAGCUACCGUGACACCGUGGUGUAUCAAUGCAUGCUGGGCUACAGGCUAAUCGGCACAUCAGUGAGAAUCUGCCAGCAAGACCACCGUUGGUCUGGAACAACACCUGUCUGCGUCCCUAUCACCUGUGGUCACCCAGGUAACCCGCCCAACGGGCGGACCAAUGGCACGGAAUUCAACCUCAAUGAUGUAGUCAACUUCACCUGCAACAAAGGUUACAUCCUCAGUGGAAGUCCUCGGGCCCAGUGCCGACUCAAUGGACAGUGGAGCAGUCCCCUCCCUGUCUGCAAAGUGGUGAACUGUUCAGACCCUGGUCAUGUGGAAAAUGGGGUGCGUCAGUCUGGCCUACAUUACCCAGAGGUCUUCAGCUAUGGCGUAACUGUUGCAAUCCACUGCAAACGAGGUUUCUACCUGCUGGGUUCUGCAAUCCUUACAUGUCAACACGAUGGACUUUGGGACAGACCAAUGCCUCGUUGUUUAGCUAUUUCCUGCGGCGACCCCGGCGUGCCGCCGAAUGCAGUCGUGUUAGGAACCCGCAGUUGGACUUACGGCUCGGUUCUGCAAUACUCCUGUCUGCCCAGUGGACUGCUGGUGGGCAAUUCCACUCGUCACUGUCAGGAAGAUGGGACGUGGAGUGGAGUGCCCCCCUAUUGCACUGGUGCCAGUGUCGGAAUAUGUGGAGACCCUGGGAUUCCUCCCCAUGGUUCCCGCCUGGGAGGAGAAGAAUUUAAGACCAAAAGUCUUCUGCGUUUCAGCUGUGAGGCAGGAUACAGUCUGAUUGGCUCAGCAGAGAGAACCUGCCUUCACAAUGGCACCUGGAGUGGCACGCAGCCUGUGUGUCAAGCUGUAUCCUGCGGUAACCCUGGAACCCCAGCACAUGGCAGAAUCGUCCUCAAUGAUGGCAUCACAUUUGGCAACUCAGUGGCUUACGCAUGCUUGGAGGGCUUCAAAACAUCAGGCCUUACCACGAGACAUUGCACAACAAAUGGGACAUGGACAGGUCAACCCCCAGACUGCACUGUCAUCAGUUGUGGAGACCCUGGACCCAUAGCUAACGGAAUCUAUCUGGGAAAUGACUUUACCUUUAACCACACAGUGGUUUACCGCUGUAAUCCAGGUCACCUAAUGGAACCGUCUGGACCUGGAAGCGAUGUUAUACGCUGCAGUAAAGAGGGAACUUGGAAUCAAACAAAGCCUAGCUGUAAAGUGAUCCAGUGUGGACCUCCACCUCAAGUGCUUUAUGGAAAAGUGGAAGGCAGUGAUCUUUCGUGGGGAUCCAGCGUUAGCUACAACUGUUUUCAUGGUUAUCAGUUGUCCAUUCCGGCUGUUUUAACCUGCGAGGGGAACGGAACAUGGACGGGAGAGGUUCCCCAAUGUUUGCCUGUCUUUUGUGGGGAUCCUGGAUCUCCUGGAGGAGGAUACAGAGAGGGCAACAUAUUUUCAUACCGGUCAGAGGUGAGGUUUUAUUGUCAUGCGCCCCACGUUCUGGUCGGCUCUGCCUCCAGGCUGUGUCAAGCAGAUGGGAUCUGGAGUGGAGAACAACCAGCGUGUAUCGACCCAGCCUUCAACAGCUGCCGUGAUCCAGGAACUCCGGCCUAUGGCAUUCCAGUCGUGGCCCAGGGCUUUCAGGUUGGCAGCAAGAUUUCCUUUAAGUGCCGCAAGAAUUACCACAUACUUGGUUCAACAACAAGAACGUGCCUAGAAAACCUGACCUGGAGUGGAACUCAACCAGAGUGCGUGGCCCAUUCAUGCAGACAACCCGAGACCCCUACUAAUGUAGACGUGCGAUCCAUGGAUCUGCCUACUUUGGGGUAUACUUUGUUAUACACCUGUCAGGAAGGCUUUUAUCUGUCUGGGGGGUCAGAGCACAGGACCUGCAAAAGUGAUGGAAGAUGGUCAGGGAAGCCACCACUCUGUAAAGUUGGUGUGAAAGUAAAUCCCAAAGGAAGAGGAGAGUCGGAUGUCCAGAAGAACAAGAUCCGUGUUCCAGUGGACGUCUUCUCUCCAAACUCUGAAUGGAGUGGCUUCUAUGAGUAUUUAGGGAAGAGACAAGCCACAACAUUUUCAGUUUCUGGAUUUAAUACUACCAGUGGCAGAGUUAAUGUCACGUUACUGGAAAGCAGCGGAGUUUCAAUCAGAUUGUCAGGCUCCUACAAGUCAGAGGAAAACCAGCUACUGCUGAAGGUCUAUCAAGUGAAGGGACCAACAGAGCAUUAUUACAGCAAGUUCAAAAACGACAACUGGGCAAUGGACGGAUAUGUCACUGCAGAGUCGGACCAGAAGACCUUUGUCUACCAGGGACACAUUCACAGUAAUGACUUUGGGAAGUUCCAUCUGACAAGACAAGGUCCCGUUACCAUGGCAAUGGACCCAUCUAACCCGUACACAAACAGCAGCUCUGUGGCGGCAGCCAUCUUAGUUCCUUUCUUUGCGCUCAUCCUCUCUGGAUUUGCAUUCUACCUCUACAAACACAGGACACGUCCAAAGGUCCAGUUUAAUGGAUAUGUGGGCCAUGAGAGCUCCAAUGGCCAGGCAUCCUUUGAAAAUCCAAUGUAUGACACCAACAUGAAGCCCACCGAAGCUAAGGCAGUUCGAUUUGAUACCACACUGAACACAGUGUGCACUGUAGUGUAGUCCAGCAAAGCUACCACUGCCUUUAAAGUGGUUUAAUCCAACCUCCAUGUUGUAGUCUGCAGUGUGGUGUUACCACACAAAAGAGGAAAAGCAAACUCAAUAUUUUGACUUGUCACCAUGAGCAGCCUUCGUGUAGCAUGCUGGUCCCCACCCAGCAUUAUUUGCACAGUAAUGCAGCUCUGCUCCGCCUUCCUCGUCUGAGAUGGGAAAAUAGAGAAUAUAACUUGAAACCUGUUAGCAAUGAUGUCGUCAAGUCGCUGUUUGGGUGAGGCACUGUGCAGAAAAACCCACAUAGAUCAUGUUAAGGAACUUCUUCCCAGAGCACACCCAUCCAAGUUUUGCUGAAGUCUAAUACAACCAACCCUACUUAUGCAUGAAAGGCGAUCCGUAUGGUCAGAGUCAUUUGGCCCUUUUAAUAUUUCCUCCUAUGAAAAAGUAGCUUCACAUAAAUCCAACUCUUUGUUCCAAAUUUGCACAGUGGUAUAUUAACUCCCAUGGGUUUGAAGGAUGGGGUCUUUAACCCGUGAGGGAAGCACAAAUAUUCCACCCUUCAGCCUCUUCCGGACUUUGGAUGGUUCUUGUACGUAAGCAUAAACCAUCACUCCUGCUGGACCAAAUAUUCUCCCACUGAACUUUCAUCUUCUGAGCUUAAUAUGAAUAGUUUCUAAAUGAUACACAUCACAUUGUCUGUUUUGACAGACUGCAAUUCUGGAUACACAGACGGCAUGUUGACAGCCGAAUGCACUUCUUCCAAGAUUAGACUCCAUAAAGCAGAAAUACUAAUGGUGAAUUGGCAGUAACAAUGCUGAACUAAUGCCAAACAAGACAGGCUAAAUUAGGGUUGUAGAUAACUUUAUAAUGUUUUAGCCUUCUCAGACAGCUUAAUGACUCUUAAUCUAGCAGGACAAUCACAGAAUAAAGAAAGUUAAGUUGCUAGUUAAUAAUUGGUUUUUAAACAGACUGUUGUCUGACUUUCUCCACAAUGUUCCUGUUAUGACAACCCUCCAUUAAAUUAAAGUAAGACAGGCUAAAUCAGCAAAACAAGCUCUUGCAAACAGUGUUCAACUUCCAAUGUUCUCCACCACAUAUGAACCAGCUCUUCAAGGGUUUGAACACAUACUAAUGAUAUACAUCAUGCCUAAAUAGAGUUGGCUGGCUGUGCUGAAAUACAAAACCAUACAUCAGCCCAGAGUUGCUCUUUGGUUCAUGCUGUGUACUGGUUUCCAGAGACUUGUCAAACACAAUCAAAGAUUCUUGCUCCUGGACUGGCCACAGUUCUGUGUUUCUGAACAAGUGGAAGCCUGGAGGCAAUAAGCUGUCAGGAUCUUCGAAUGCUGCAAUCAGCUGUGGGCAAAUCCAGGGAGUUAUUUGUCCUCCUGUAUCUCUGAUCCAGACCAUCAGUCAAGAGAUUCUUCUUUUUUUCCUCUUUUUUUUUUUUUUCUUUUCCUAGCGGUUUUCUUUUCUACCAGAAAACUUGGAAAUAAAUGAACUGAUCAGCAGACAGACGUGCUGAAAGAAACUGGACAAAUGGACUCAGACAAAGGAAACUUCUUUCAGUGGAAAAGGAGACAAGGACAUGUUGCUGUGGAAACGUAGACAAACAUCUUUGUCUAAUUGUCUCUUGUGGCAUUUUUCUUCAGUGAAGAUAUUAAUUAACAGACUCGUAUGUUCAAAAACCCAGUGGCCCCUUGGGUUUUCCCAGACCAAUGCUGCUGGGGACCCAAAAACAUAAACUUCAUAUGAACCGCACAAAUUUUGCACUGUUUUCAUUUUGUUUGUUUGAUUGUUUUGGUUGUUUGUUUUGUUUUUCAACUGAAAUUAGAUGGGGAAAAAAGCAGGUUUUUUGAGAUGGUUUUGGAAAAACUACUCGUAUAAAAAAAGAGUUUUAUUAAAGAGUAUUAUCUAUAAAAUGAUGACAAAACGUCUAAAUACAGGGUUACAAAGUGUUUGUAUAUACACACAUUUGUAUUUGUUGUCCCUGCUAGCAGGUUUUACAACACUGUAGUGCUUAUUUUUCUUGUCUUGGCCACUAAGCUAGCCAACAAAAACGUUGGGUACCGUUUACCUUUGGACCACCAAUCGAAGCAGUCAGAAUACCACAUGAAAAUGUCCUAACUUUAGCUGUUUCUGAACACUCGUACCCUUUUCCUACUUAUUCAUUCUCGUUUUCUAAACCAGCUCUACUCGGAACUUAAAGCUAACUCACUUUUUUGCAGUUGCAAGCAGGUAAGAGGAGACAAAACCGUAUUGGUUUUCAGAAACAGCUAUUUUUGUAAACCUGCUUAAAAAUAGCAUUUUCUUGUGUUUCUGCUCAAACCACAGUGCAUCCUUUUAAUGCAUUACACCUCAGAUGCACUUGAUUUCAUUUGAACACUUCUUUUUGAAGAGCACAGCAUUAGUACUUUCUCAAGAGAAAGGUCAAACAGACAGUAUAGAGACAACAUGCACAAUUAGGGUUGUUAAACAAUUGUUGUCCCCCAGAGGCCCGAUAUCAUUUAAGAAUAACCUCGUGUUGAGAGAUUAAGUCUAAUCCUGCUUAUCAGAGCUGGAAGGUCACUGCAACAACUACAUAGGCUUAGCAAUCGCAACUUGUCUUUUAGUUCCUUGAAUUUUCUGUCUGCCACUCUAAUCCCUUUCAGUCUACAGGAUCAGAGAAAGUUUCAGUUUCAAAUCACUUCCAAAAUUCGUUAUGUCUUGCAGUGUCCUGUCAAUUUUUUUGUUCUUUUUUAAAGAUGCUGCACUUGGUUUAGAUCACAGAUGUAACUUCUUUGUGUGUCUUUUUGUGUCAUCAUGCCUGAUUCAUGCGUCACUCCCAACAUUUUACCAUUAAGUUGACAUGUCAACAGUUUGCUUUGACCUGCAUGACAAAUUAUUUUUGUUCAAUGCCAAAUUGUAUUUGUUCUCCACAUUUUCAGUUGACCACUCCCCAUGUCUCCGUAAGAAAAAGGUUUUUUCAUUGGAGCAGAAUGCGAUGCAAGAAAGAGAUUUACAGGAAUCCUCUAAUGAAAGCUUUAUCCAGCCAAAGGCAACACUGUGCCUGAGACAAGUCUUUUAUUUAAAGCAGACACAAGCAGCAGUAAAGUAAGAUUUCCCCCCAAACUCAAAUGCUGAAAAAGCACUAGGAGUGCUUCGCAUCCCCUUGCACCAAGAUUAUUAUUCAUUAAUGAACACAAAAUGUAGUUUUUGCUCAAAUAUUCAGCUUAUUUAUUAGAAAAAUCAAACAUGAAUUCUGCAAAAAGUACUGAAAAAAUGUUGAUUAUAAAUAAAAUAACUAUGAGACAUUUUUUUGCAUUCCAUACUAUACUGGUAGCAGAGAGGGCUGCACAGAAAAAAAACCAUCCAAAGACUUUAAAUAACACUUGCAAUAUGUCAGCGAGGCAGAUAAAGCCUGUUCAGAAACUUUACACAGAAAUAAACGAGGCAUGUGUAAACAAAAAUAGAACAUCUGCUCACAGUCAUGAGCCCCCUCUCAGUUUUAUUAGAGGAGUGCACUCUGUGCCUCUGUUUUUAAUUGAUUUAAUUAAUUGAGCUGAGAUUUCAUAUGGAGUCAAGAGCUCAUAAUAGCGGCUCAAAAUUAGAGGCAGCAAGCUUUCCUCAGACGUAAUAAAAGGUAUCAUUUUUAUCAAUUAUAGAAAAAGAUUUGGUUUCCUGGUGUGCCUGCCAGGCUCUGUUUUUUAUUUGUGUUAGAAAAGAAACUCCAGUGUAAAACGCAGUUUUUAUACCUUGUGUACUACCUGGAUUUUAACCAAAUCUCCAGCGAUUUUUUUUUUUCCUGCUUCAUAUUCAAAUUGCCAACACAGAUUUUCCAUAAAAUAUCCAAAACAGCUGCACAGGUGAAGCUAUGUAUAUAAAAAAGAGACAUUAGUUCAACAAACACAGUUUUGGCUUUUUAGCAGUUCAGACAAAGGAAUUAAAAGCCCAAACAAAGACACAUUGUUCUGCAGCUGUGCACAGGAAUCUGGAUAUGAGAUAACAAGAAUAUACAGAAGCUUAAACAGCAUGUUGUGCAAAUUGCAUAGUUUUAUGAUUGUGUGAUUCACAAAACACAACAGUAUAUUAAAAAUAGGUUACAGAGAUCCGGCCAAUAGACUGUUAAUGGGGUUUAUAUUUCCUUUUUACUUUAGCAUAAGAACAUUAGGGCAGGCUGCAGUUUACAUACUGUCCUCUGGGUAUGUGUUGCAUCAUCUAAGAAAUUCAAUGGAGAUGCAUCCAGACAUACCAAUUGAAUCCCACUGCAUUUGAGUGGUGUAGGAUAAGAAACAUUGCCCAAAUGCAAAGCAUCUGAUGCUGCUGCAAAUCAAACAUUUUAUUUCAUUAGUUGUCUUUUUGAAUUCAGGAAGAAACGGAUUUGGUGGAUUUGGUCACUUUUUGAAAGCCUGUGCAGACAUAAUAAGCCUAAGUAAUCAACAGCCUAUUUUUCUUUUCUUUUUUUUUCCUUCUUUUUUUACCCCCUUACUGUAAUAACUGAGGCUGUCUUUGGAAAGGAACAUCUGAGAUUACUGUGACAUUGAAGAAGAGAAAGAUUUAAAGCAGCAGGCUUUUAGUCAUCUAAAGAUUUGUGCAAUUUAAUACAAAAAAUCACUUUUUUGUCAAAUUUGGGCACACAGUUCCUUAUUUAAAGUAAUUGUCAAAAGAAACCAAAAAUUGCAGAAAGACAGAGAGAAAAAAGUAAGAUUUAAAAAAAUAUAAUACAUUUUCUUUCCAUCUUCUAUACAGACAAAUUCUAAGGCCAAAUAAAGCUUAAAGAAAAUAUUCUACUUAAUAGUUUUAAUCUUAACGUGUCUUUACUGAAUCCCAUUGCAAAUUGAAAAAUGUCUCCAAAAACAAGGCUACUGUAGGCCUCACUUAUCGUCCUCAUCAACAAAUGAUAUGAACAUGCAGUAAAUGACUACAGUUUCUAUGUAUGUCUGAAACAAUGUGUUUCCUUUUUGCUGUCACCAAUGACACAGAAAGAAAUACAUGGCAGGUCUUUAACAGGAAAAUUACUAUCAUCAUUAUUGUUUUUGUUUUGGGCUUCAAGCUGCCUCCGUUUUCAUCAUUGUCCUCCCUCAUCUUCAUCACAUGCUGCUGAACUUGAAGUAGGUAAAAGAGAAAAAAUACAAAAUUUUGUACAGAAAUCUAUUUUUUAUGGAGAUUUGUUUAAAAAAAUAAAGAAAAAAAACUGAAAUUAUUAAACAUGCUGUACUUUUUAUUAACAAUGAUGUAGGUACAAAAAAAGUGUUGGUAAGAAGUCACUGUUUUUACUCCUACACAUCAUGUAAAGCUCUAAAGUUCCAACUGAGUAUGAGAUGCAGUGUCAUGCCAUCUCUAUUGUCCAUUAGGGCUGCUUUUACACAAGAACAGAAAACACAGCAAAAAUGUAUUUAUUUUCCUCCAUAAUGAGAAAAAGCAAUUUGCUGUUUCAAAUGUGUUUCCCAUUUAAAGGGUUGGCAUGUAGUUUCUCUUAAAAAAUUAAAGCUUUUACUGUCAUUGCAAAUGAUGGAUUUCAAAAAAUGACAACAAAUUUGCACAGGAGCUGAGUUGCCUGACAAUUAGAAUCUUCACAAUGAAAUGUAUUAAAAAGAAAUUUGAAUUACUUGUGCUUUUAGGCCGUGAUGUCAUGCAGACUAAAGAGGUUAAAACAAUCCUAUUGUUUUUGUGUAAGAGCAGCCUAUGUGUGGCUGAUCCUUGUGGGUAUAUCUGAGAUGGGUAACUUUCCCAGGCACAAAAGUUUUUGGAUAACUCAAACACUCUGCAUCCCAAAAUGUGGCCUCUUGCCUGAACAGGGAGGAGGAGGUUUCUUUAUAAUCAGUUUACCUCAGAACAUUCAAAAGUAUUACUGUUGGGCUUUAGCAGCAUUAGAAAAAUUGGCAACAGUUAUUAAAGAUCCCUUCCUUUGUUGUUUUAUUUAUUUUAUUUUUGGGGGCCAACAGAACUACCCUGGUAUUUUGUAAGUUUUGUGAGAAUGGAAAAUCCCUUUUUAAAUGUUCCUCAAAGAUUAUAUGAGAGAGAUAAUGUUAUAUUAUAGAGGGUUUAACCAAUAUUUGAAUGCAGCUUCGCCAACUGCUGUUAAAGAGACUCACAGUUUAUCAGAUAUUUUGGAGACAUUAUUUGAGAAUAAAGUUUUUGAUACAAUAAUCCUA